GUUCAAACGCGCGCGCGCGGAGUAAUAUAAAUACGGAUCGCCGAACCAAGUGCUCUCAAAUAACUCGAGAAAUUGUGAUAUAUUCGUGAUACGAGCGUUUAUCCAACAAUACGUGUAUGUACCUCGCGAGAAUCUGCGUGUUUGAAAGACAUUUAUACUCGCGCGCAAUCCGAUUUUCAUAUGUUUUCAAAACGGUGUACCCGACGCGUCGUUUCGCGCGUAAAGUUGGCAGCCUGCGGUGUAUGCCGUGUAUCGGAGCUUUGCGGAGCUUUGCGGACGGGUAUUCGAGCGACAUCGCGACGAGUUUAAGUUGUUAAUGCAGUCGUAACGAGCCGCGUAUUUCGAUAUUUGUCAACUGCAUAACGUAAGUUCGACGCUCGUAUGGAGGUGGACAGGGAAAAGGCGUAUUUUGCGAGAUUUAUCCGAUUGAAAUCUGCCGCUCGGAGCGGACCGGAGCAACCUAACCGUUUCCGAAAGUUGCAAAUUCGGCCGUAGAUAAUCGUACUUAAUUCUCCCGCACGCACGUUGACGCUUCUUCUCGUAUUAUUCCUUUCGCAAUAUAAUAAAAUAUAUAAUCAUGCCUCCUGGGAAUACAAAGCGUGCUAGCGUGUGUGCGAUUAAUCUCGCGAUUAACGGGAGCGCCGCGCAAAGUGCCGCGCGAUUGUUAUAUUCUUAAUGAUUACAUGCGUGAUUAUACAAUAAUUAACAUGUAUGUUUUGUGUGAGCAGGUAUUGUGUGUCCGUGUGUGCCGGCAAAGGAGCAGCAACGGGGAGAGGAGGAGGAGGCCAGGGAGGCAGCGGGCAACGGUGGAGCAACCGAGAGGUUAACAUCGUGCAACUCCACUGUUGCGCAUCGUGCCGUUUCGUCAUUCUCGUGCCACUCACGGUGUACAAGUAUCAUUAUUAUGCGUACGAAACCAAAGCGGCAUCGGACAUCGCGAUGACGUCAUCCGAAUCGCUGGAGUCGACGUUGACGGUUGACAGCAGGAUGCCCCGCGCUACGCCGAAUGAUGUUGUCUCGAAGAACAUCACCAUGGUCCUCGAGAACCUACUAAUGAAUUACGAGAACAGUCAACUACCCACGCACGGUAAAGGCGUGCCCACAGUAGUCAAAACCAAUAUUUUAAUUAGAAGUAUGGGUCCAGUGUCUGAACUUGAUAUGGAUUACUCGAUGGACUGCUAUUUUCGACAAUCGUGGCGCGACUCACGUCUGAGCUUCCUGGGCCCGAUCAAGUCCCUCAGCCUCAGCAUCAAAAUGGUUGAGAGGAUUUGGCGUCCCGAUACCUACUUCUACAACGGCAAGCAUAGUUACGUGCACACGAUCACUGUGCCGAACAAAUUGCUAAGGAUCUCCCAGGACGGCGAUAUAUUGUACUCCAUGAGGCUCACUAUUAAGGCCAAAUGUCCCAUGGAGCUGAGGAACUUCCCUAUGGAUCGACAAUUUUGCCCGUUAAUAAUGGGAAGCUACGCGUACACAUCGGGACAGCUGGUCUACGAAUGGCAGGAAGGUUUAUCGGUGAACUUCAUACCCGGAAUGACACUGUCGCAAUUCGAUUUAAUGGGUUCGCCGUACAGGAAUCUCACGUUCUUCCGUCGCGAGGGCGAGUUCUCGAUACUGCAAGUAUCUUUCAACUUGCAACGCCACACCGGAUACUUUCUCAUACAAGUUUAUGUGCCGUGCGUUUUGAUAGUCGUGCUAAGUUGGGUAUCCUUUUGGAUCCAUCGCGAGGCGACGAGCGAUCGAGUGGGUUUAGGUAUCACCACCGUCUUGACGCUAUCGACGAUAAGCCUCGAUUCCAGAACGGAUUUGCCGAAAGUUAGAUACGCUACCGCUCUGGAUUGGUUUCUACUGAUGAGUUUCGGUUACUGUAUCGCCACCCUCUUGGAGUUCGCUGGCGUUCAUUACUUCACGAAGGUUAAUAGCGGCGAGAUUCCGUUGGACGACGAAGAAUGGGAAGAGUGGAAGAGCUCUGCGAGCGAGGAGUUCGAGGAUACAUUUCGCACGAUGAUUUCUCGCAGCCCUCAGGCUGUUCAUCCGGAAAUUAUCGACACGAGUACUAGGAAGCGUGGUUCUCUCAUGUCCGCGCUAUACAGCGAUGGUGUCACAUACGAACGAGACUCCUGUCAUUCCAUCACGGUCGCCGUUUCUUCGAAACCGUCGACGAUGGAGAGACAGACGCAAACUGAACUUAUUUUACCGAUGUGGCGGCAGUUUCUCUAUUGUUUAGCGGGCGAUGAAGCUUUCAGGCGUCGUCGGCAGCGAGAAGCGACGAGCAACUAUCGAAAAUGCGGCGAUCGUAUGGCGAAGAGGCCCAUAAACAGCGUAUCUUACAUUGACAGGGUGGCGCGAAUAGUCUUUCCCGCGUCUUUCGGCCUACUCAACGUCUGCUACUGGGUAGUCUACGUCACCUAUCAAGAGGAAUUUAAAUGGCAGGACCCACCGAUCGGAUCGAUAAGGCCGAUCUCCCAUUAACGAAAAUAUCACUAAUGACAAUGAGGCGAACAUAUAGUGUAUUACAAAACGAAGGGGACGGGAGGGAUCGUGUACUACUUACGUAAAAUUGAAUUAUUAAAUUUAUCUCAAAUUAAUUAUUAAUUAAACGUGUGACAAUAUGUAUAUAUAAUGUCAUAAUUUUUAAAUUUAAAAUCGCUUGUACACAUAAUUCUGUUAAGUUGUUGAACACCGUUGUUUGCAAAAUGCCCUGUAUAGUAUAUCAAUAUCUUAAGAAAUGAUAAAUACAUUGAGACAAACAAAUCGUAAAUAUUAAUAUUUAUUAUUAUUUAAUUAUAUAAUAGUAUUAAUAGUUACAUUUAAUAUUAAUAGCAUAGUGUAAAGAAAACAGGCGAAGUAUUUCCAAGAGUGCGCAGUCGUCAUUUCAUUUCGACUAAUUAGAAAUUUGUCCAAAAUGUUUUAAAAACCAAGUUUUGCUAUUAGAAGAAAUUUACUCCAAUUUUUAUUAUUCCGACAUUAUGCGCAAUAUUACACUUGUCUUCUUACAUCAUGAUUAAUAUUUAUUUAUAUUUAUUUAUAUUUAUUUAAUAUUGAUCAACAGAUAUGUAAAUUACCAAAAUUUGGACAUUAAUAGUUUAUGAUAUUAAUUUCAUGAUUUAUUGUUAUACUGACAUUUCUAUAACAUAUAUCUAUGAUGUGAUAAUAAUCAGUUUUCAUUUACACUUUUAUUAUUAAUAUCUUGCAUAUUCUAUAUACAAAUUAUAUGAGAAAAGAACAUUUUUGCAGUAAUGUAUAUAUUAUACUCGAUUUCUUUAGCAUUGAGACACGAUUGUGUCUCUUGAUUAUGAUGACGUAAAUGUAUUUAUUGCAUAAUAAUAAAUUUGUAUAACAAUAGCAUCAGUAUAAUAAUAAAUCAUGAAUUUAAUAAUGAAAGCUUGUUGCUCUCUUUAUCAUAAAUCUGUUGUGUGUGAGAGAGCAACAGCCUACACAUAUAUCUGUCCUUCUGUAUAAAUGCGCACCCAUUAUAUAAGCUACGUUCGCAACGAAUGAAAAAAUAAGUUACUUGGAAUAUUCUUUUAUCAUCACGAUAUUAUUGGCUGAGCGGCUGAAGCGAUUGGCUUGGCGAUUGGCUCUUGCUUUCAGAUCCGAUCGAUCCGGCAAAUCUCUCCUCGACGCGUUCAGCGCAACAAAUUGUCGAGUCUUCCGCGUGUAAUAGCCAUGGUUAAUUUCCUGCGUGAAAACCAAUCGUGGUCUACCGUCCCUCGUCGGCACUUGCAUUACUGCUGUUUCCGUUGAAUGAAAUCCACUGUGUCCAGUUUCGAAAAAGUUGGUUUCCAAGUUAAUUCGAUACCAUAGGACGGAUGAGCCUCUCUUAGAAAAGUCGAGUUUGAGAGGGCGCAUCAUAUCGAAAAAAAAAAAA